AUGGCGGAUACAUAUAAUCUGAAAACAUAUAAACCAUCAAUGCAGUGGCUGUGUUCUCUUUUGUUAAGCAUCUUAUUUUCUAUGUUGCCACUAACUGCAAGUGAAAACAGAAUCACCAUAACCAAUUCCAUUACUCGAAACCAAACCAUAAUCUCAGCAGGAGGUAACUUUGCAUUAGGAUUCUUCACGCCUAGUAAUUCCAACAGUAGCUACUUGGGCAUAUGGUACAACACAAUCUCAAAGCCAACAAUCAUAUGGGUUGCCAAUAGAGCAUCACCGAUUCACAAAAGUUUACCACCACUUUUUUGUCUUUCUGAAGAUGGAAAUCUUGUGCUUUUUGGUGGAAAAAAAGUCGUCUGGACAACAAAUGUGUCCGCAAGUAACUCUGCAGAUGCAGUGUUGCUUGAUAAUGGGAAUCUGGUACUUAGACAUGAUAAAGAUGGUGAGGUGUGGCAUAGUUUUGAUCAGCCCACUGACACAUUCGUGCCUGAGAUGAAAAUUAGUUCAAACAUCAGAACUGGUCAAGAAACUCGUCUUACAUCAUGGGAAAAUGAUGAGGAUCCACGACCGGGUAUAUUUUCAAUAGGGAUAGACCCAUAUAGACAUCAGUUUUAUGUUUGGAAACAAGAUAAACCAUAUUGGAGAAGCCAUGUGUAUGCUACUACUUAUUCAUUUGCCAGUCCACUAAUAAAAUAUGAUAAAGGAUUUUCAACAUACCUUAGUUUCGUUGUAGAAGAAGAUGAAGUGUAUCUUGUGUCUAGUGUCUCUACAAAUUCGGUCAGGACACGGUUCACUUUAGUUCCCGAUGGGCGAAUUCAGCUACUGGUUUGGGUGCAAACUGCCUGGGUUGUUCUAUGGCAAGCACCAUUAGCUACAUGUGAUUUUUAUGGAUACUGUGGCCCGUUUACAAUAUGUCAUAAAAAUAAAUCAUAUCCGGUUUGCACGUGUAUGACUGGUUUUGAACCAAAAUCACGCAACGAAUGGAAUGUUGGAAAUUGGACAGGAGGGUGUGUGAGGAAUACGGAAUUGAGGUGUGAUAAUGGAGACAGGUUUUUGAAGUUUGAAGGAAUGAAGUUACCUGAUCAUUCAGUAACAGUUAUUAAUAAAACUAAAAGCGUUAGUGACUGUGAACUUGAAUGCUUUAGGAACUGCUCGUGCACAGCUUAUGCAUAUGAGAACGUGACAUAUGAAGGUACAAAAUUUUGUUUGAAUUGGUUCAGAGAGCUUGUGGAUACCACAGAUAAUGACACUCUUGGUUAUAAUCUCUAUGUCCGUGUUCAUAACUCCAAAACCGAUGAUAGUCAAGAACAUAACUCUACCCACAUAAGAAAAGGAGUGAUUGCAGUUGCAGCCGCCAUUGUUUCUAUAGGAUUUAUUAUAUGCAGUGUCUUCGGCUACUAUUUGAGAAGGGAAAGGUUGAUAAGGAAAGAGAGAGUAAAAAAGGAAUUGCUUGGAUUUGAUUCAAUGAGCAGCACUUCUGUGGGUUCACAGAGCAAUACAGAGCUUGUAUCAUUUAGCUUAAGAAGCGUAUUGGCUGCCACAGGUUCCUUUUCAGUCAAAAACAAACUUGGAGAGGGCGGGUUUGGUCCUGUUUACAAGGGGUCCUUACCUGGAAACAGAGAAGUGGCGGUAAAGAGACUAUCAACAAGAUCAUCACAAGGACGCGAGGAGUUUAUGAAUGAGUUGAAACUCAUUGCAAAACUUCAGCAUACGAAUCUUGUUAGAUUAUUGGGAUGCUGUGUGGAAGAAGAUGAACAAAUCCUUAUGUACGAAUAUAUGCCUAAUCGAAGCCUGGACAAGUUCCUAUUUGAUCCAUCCAAGAGUGUUAAUCUUGAUUGGAGCAAAAGAUUUAAAAUAAUAGAAGGGAUAGCUCAAGGAUUACUUUAUCUGCACAAAUAUUCUAGACUCAAAGUUAUUCAUAGGGACUUAAAAGCAAGCAAUGUUCUUCUUGAUCAAAUGAUGACUCCUAAGAUUUCAGAUUUCGGAUUGGCAAGGAUAUUUGAAAUGAACCAAAUUGAAGACAAAACCAACAGAGUUGUUGGCACCUAUGGAUAUAUGGCACCUGAAUAUGCACUUCAUGGACGAUAUUCUGAAAGAUCCGAUGUUUAUAGCUUCGGGGUCUUACUGCUAGAGAUUGUGACCGGCAAAAGGAACACUGGUUCAGAUUGCAUGGAAGAUAAUCUUACAGUAUCAGAAUGGGCAUGGGAACACUGGAUGAAUGGCAGAGGUUUGGAGUUGAUCGAUCCUUCAAUGACGGACGUCAGCAAUCCACUACUGGCAGUUAAAUGCAUCAAUGUCGGACUUCUGUGUGUACAAGAAAACAUGAACGAUCGACCAACGAUGUCAGAAGUAGUUGUCAUGUUGAGCAAUGAAACUGCAACCAUUUCUUUGCCUCAGAAGCCUCCUUUUACUAUUCAUAGAAGUUCUAAUAUAUCGUGUAGAUACUCUAACAAUGAAGUUACAAUGUCCCAUGUAGACCCUAGAUAG